AUGGCACUAAAGCUGAACAGCGACGCUGUGCGCCACGCCGUGAAAGAUGGCGAUGUGGACGCCGUACGAGAGUACUUGGAGAGCGGGGUUGACGCUAACCUGGCAAAUCCAAACACUGGAAGGACGCUCCUGCAUAUCGCUUGUCGCCAGGGAUAUCCGGCGAUGGCAUCCCUUCUUUUGUCCAACGGAGCCAACCCGGGAGCGACGACUCUGCGGCAGUUAACCCCGCUUCAUCUUGCAUGUCACCAAGGACACCUGAAAGUGGCGCGUCUUGUACUCGAGGCCUGGGCCCCCGUGGAUAACCGAGAUGAAACAGGGGCCACCCCCCUCCACCUUUCUGCCCAGCAGGGACACACUGAUGUCGUGCGCCUUCUGCUGCAGUGCGGGGCCGAUAAAGAUGCAUUGGAUCAAUCGGGAUGGACGCCCGUUUUCUUCGCUUCUUGGAACGGGCACGCCGAAGUGGCGCGCAUGCUUCUACAAGCCGGAGCCGACGCAAGGGUCGCCAAAGUCCUGCUGGAGUAUGGAGCAGACUCUUCUGCGAAGGAUUGCAACGGAUCUUUCCCGGACCACGUAAUUGGAGCUGGCGCUCCCGAUUAUGUUGACCCUGCGUGCGCGCAUGAACUAAGCGAGGUUGUUGUCGGUCACCGCCGACGGAUUAAGAGCGCCGUUAAGCCGGAAUGCCCGGUCUGUCAAGUGGAGGUUAAGGAGGCCGUACUUGACCCUUGCCGACACCUUGCGACAUGUGCUUCAUGUGCCAACUCGCUCCAGAGUUGCCCUCUUUGCAGCUGCCCCGUGCGAGGGUACCGGCUCCUGGAGAGCAGACAGGUAUACGAGCGCAUUUCAGCUUUGGAAGACGAAAGCGCCGGGAUGAGGGCGCAGUCCCUAAGGUUCAGCCGCCGAGUGCGGGAUCUGGUGGCAGAGAAUGCAGAUCUGAAGCUAGAUGUCCAGCGUACCAGGGCAGAACUUUCGGUGGUCACUGCAGAACGACGGGGUUUGGAAGAACGGUUUCUCCUCCGAACGCCCUCCCCUGAGCCGACGCCACCUGUGGUUGAAAGCGGGAGUAUCGCUGCUGGCAGUAGCGUCGCAAGCUUCGAAGGCGGUGGGGCGGAGAAGCCGCGUGGUCGCUUCACUCUCACCAGCGAAAACUCGACCGGCACCAGCGGUGCCUGUGAUGAUGGCAUCCACAGGAUGCAGCGACCAGGCGUUGUGUUUUCCGGCGGGGGUUUUAGCGCCCCAAGUCUCGACGAACCAGAGCUGGCGGUUCUUGACCGCCCUCGACCGUCGGAUGGCAGUUACUUGUCUGGCCGCCCUGCUAGUGGUGAAGGAAAAGGCCAGGCCGGUAGUAGCUCAAAAAGCAGCUGCUCUGAGUUAAUAGCCGAGGGAGCUAACUCGAGUAGCGACGGUGAUCCUUCAAAGACUACAACAACAGUGGAAACUGGAGUCAGGGUCGACGCCUCUGAAGGAGGUGACGGACAGGACGCAGGAAGAUGUUUCUUCCCUGACCGAACUGUCGGCGACGGAGAUGCCGCACCAACCCCAGUCAAGGCCACAUGCGGCAUGGACGACCAAAAGUGUGAAAGGCAAGAAGAACUACAUGCCUGUACGCUGGGUACACUCGCAGAGCUGAAAGACGGGGCCGGCGGUGGUAGCGAAAGCGCUACCGCUUUGGCCACCGUGCAGGCCGCGAGAGGUAGUGCCGCUGACGACCCUCCCGGUCUGGAGGACGCUUGUCUCGACGAACCAACCGCUGACAGUCACCUCGAUCUCGAGACCGUUCGUGUCAACGAAAGUAUUGCUGACAACCAUCUCGACCACGAGACCGUUCGCCUCGAAGACAGCGAUCGUGUUGCAUUCUCCCAAAGCGUUCGGCCCACACGGGCAUGCUCUGUCUCCGUCAAGAUUGUGGGCGGAGCGUGCAUGGACUGCUCGGGUUCGACGGCAGAGACUACGCACCCGGCGAAUCUGCCAGGAGCCUUAUUCCUUGCAGGGCGUGAUGGUGAGGAGGACACUAACUCCACACGUAGUCCAAUGGACGUGUCCAAUUCUGGGAAUCAGGUCGUGGAAAGAGACACCAACUCAGCGAGUGACGAUGGGGAUUGGAGCAUUAGUACAAGCAUCUGUGGAGACACAAGCGGUUUGUGGCCGUCCUCCAGUUUCAUCUUAGCCCAAAGCCAGCGCUGA